UUCGUGAUUGGUUCAAUUCUGUUUUCAUCAUGGCGGUUUGUUAUUCCGCGUGAUAUGACGUUUAAAUCGCCACUCGCUUGAUAUUUCUUCUAUGCAGCGCAACUGAAAAGCCAACAAAAAUUCACCAAAUGGUGAUGGCAGCUGGGAGUGUGGUGCAGGUAGGGAAUGGCAUCCGCCAUAUUCCCCUCCCUCCCUUAGCCAACGGCCUGGAGUUAAAUUUGGGUCAGGAACAAGGUGAUGAGGAAAUUGGAACAGCGUCACAGUAUCCAGUUAUAGGUGGGUUUAUUGGGAGUGGUCAACUGGCUUGGCGAGCUGCAGGACCAACAGUAGAAGUAGUGGAUCCCGGAUCAGGUGCUCGUAAAGCAGCAUGGACCUUUGGUGCUAUAAUGCACAAUGCUGGAGCUAAGGUUACCACAGUAUGUGGAGUAGGCCUUGGAACAGUGUCACAAGUAGCAAUUGGAGUGGAUCUUGGUGCUGACCGUGCAGUUCAGGGUUUAGUGGCGCUCUUGUCUCUCCAUUCUUCAAGAGUAACAAGGGUGUUCCAUUUUAUGCACAAGGUCACAGCUUUGGCAAUGGUAUCAGGAGGAGAGGUUAGCAUCGACUCAGGUACGCUAGCACCUGAACUUCGACCGUGGCGUGGCAUUAUUGUUGUUGGAACAGCACAUGGCACUCUUCACCUGCUUGAUUUAGCACUGGAUUUAGGAGGUCAUAAAGUGACAUCAGAUGAGCUAUCACCAGCAUCUCUGAAAAGUGUUGUAACACCUGAUCCUCAGGCUGAACGAAAUCGUAUCAGUGUUGUGAGGCAGCAUUGUCAUCUAUCUAUGUGCUUGAGUGAUGGCAUGAGUCAUGGUGGUCGAUUUCAACUUAUUGGACCCGAUGAUAGCAUUUUGUUUGAGACAUCCAGUCAUCUUGUUACCAUUACUGCUGUUAAGUUCAUUCCUCAGUUGGCUUCUCUUGUAGUUGGCUAUAAUUUUGGUGCUUUUCAGAUCAUCAACCUUUCAACUUUAACAAUUGAUUGUACAAGUCCAUAUGAAGAUAAUGUCCCUCCAGUGCAUUCCUUUGCCUGUCAGGAGCCAGAAAAUGAUCCCAAAAACUUUGUAUACUUGUGGCUCUGUAGGAGUUGGAAUAUUACAGAUGGGCAUCAAGAAAAGAAAGAGAAAAAUAAGAAAGAGAAUCACACUGCUGCAUUAUGCACCAUGUACGCCAUGAAUUAUGAUAAUAAACUUUGGAUAGAAGGUCAUGGCCUCUGGUAUCAAGGCUUAGCAUCUAUUUCCCCAAGAUUUGAAUUUACUGCCAUGGGGGGUGUAGGUCUUAGGGGCCAGCCAAAUCUACCAAGUUGUGUGUUUGUUGCUAUGACAGUUCAACAGACUAUACAUAACUCAACAGUUGCCCCGGGUGGAUCUGCUGGAAUAUCAGCUCUUGCCACACCAGAUGAAGACUCUGGGCCAGUUCCUGAGCAGAGUCUGUGCUUCUUUGGAUGGUUGGGAAAAGUGAUGGAGGAGGGCUCCAUCAAAGUCACUCACAACCUGGCAGUGUUUGAUAUAAACCAGUGGUAUCAGGCCCAGAUGCCAUCAAGCCUGAAACUAGUAGAAAACCACCUCUGCCCUUUCAUGAGUUUUCACAUGUUGGAUCGUGUUCCUGGCUGUAGUGCAGAUGGUAGCUUGUUGGAAGUGGUUCUGGGAGCAGCACCCAAACCUGCCUCAUGGGCGCGCCACAUGUCUCGUUCAUGUACUGAGAGUGAUUGGUAUCCUGCCUCUCUUUCAUAUGACUGUUAUGUGCUAACAAAUGAAGGCCUAAUGGAGUAUCAGUGCCAGAGUGCUCAACAGGCUGCACUGAAUUAUCUCACAAGUUGUGGGCCAUCUGCAAUUGUUAAUCCUGAAGCAGCAUAUUCCAUGUGUCUGUUUGCUGGUCUAAUAUCCCAAGAUGCUCCUCCAAGCUCUGGGAUAUCAAUGAUGUUGGAACGUGAAGCACUUCUUACAUUGGCUCUGGAUGAGCAGUUGGUGUCAUUUUUGUUGCAGUGCGUUAAUGAAUUUUCAGAAGGGCGAUUUACAAAUUUGGGGUGUUCAUUGCCAUCCUUGCUGGAAUGGGCAUGGUCACGUGUUUGUUCUAUGAAAACUGCUAAUGAUAGUUUGUGUAUGCCCAUGUUUGAUAUAGACUCGGGAGUGAUGAGUUCUUCAAAUAUUAAUACAUUGCAUCAGAAUUUAACCAGUCUGACAUGUCUGACAACAGUCAUCACAUCUAUACGCGAUUGUGCCCAAACGAACAUGAUAACACUUCAAGGUGCUGGGGAACUCGAAAACCGUGUGAAAGUAGUGGGACUUCUAAUGCUCCAUAUAAAUGUGGUCCUUUGGUUUUACCAUUGUGGCCUCCUGUCACAUGAUAAUGCCAUCGAGGAUGUAGAAGAGUUCCAUCAUGUUCCUUUUCCAGCUGAGCUUCUUCAUCGAAUAUAUAAAAAUAGGCGUUCAGAAAUCAAGAACCUGAGUUCUACUCUCAAAGGUAGUGAGGUACUGUUAAUUGAUGGGCUUCUAGAGGAUGUAAAUGGUGGUGCAGGUGGGCAAAUCAACAAAACCUGGGCCCGAGAGGAUGGAGAUGAAUCUGAAAAUGGCAGCUCGAUUGAAGGUGCUUACCCCCCACCUUCUUUACAUGCUCUCCUGGACAUGUUUCUCCUUCCAAGUGUCUCGACGACCACCAAACACCGUAUAGUACAGUACCUUUUUUUGGACUUGGCAUCAUUGUUGUCAGAUGGUUAUGUAAGGGUUGUUGAGGAAUUAGUGAAGUAUCCAUCCAGUUUUUCUCUGUCGCCUUCACAUAUCAAGUUAACUCAAGCGUUUUGGUUACUUGACCACAAGGAUUUUCAGGAAGGCUUAAAUGUGUUACUGGAUCCUCUAGUCAGUACCAGGGAUAUCACACCUCUGCAGCAUCAACGAAUAAUUAAAGCAUUUCUAUAUCAGGGAGAACAUGCUCGUGCCCUGACUUACAAUCAGAUUCGUCAGCCCCCUCGUGUGGAUGUGGAUGACAUCCGUCUUCAUCUAACUUUGCUUUUGGCUAAUGGCCUUAUAAGGGAAGCUUUCCAUUUCCAGCGGCAGCAUCGUUUGAAAGAUAAUGCUGAAGAUUUAUUGAACCACUUUUUCACAGGCUGUGAACAACUUGGAAAAUUGGAGAGUGUCAUACAUUUACCAUUAUCUCCAAUGGAGGAAGAGACUUUGGUUACAUACCUCCAGACAUCACCCAACAAGGCAGCACAUGAUUAUUUAUUGGUAUAUUAUCUUCAGAGAGCAAGGUAUGAAGAUGCUGCAUUGCUGCAGGACAUUCUUCGUGGAGGCUUUGGCAUUGAAAGAAAACGUCAUGGUGUCCGAUCUGCUCUUAUUCAUGGCUACCUUACUCAUCUUCCAGAUGUUGCAAAGAGGCUUACCUCAAGUAAUAUGGUCAAGCAGGUGCCUGCUCGAACUAUAUAUAACAAGCCCCAGCCACUAUCUGCCAAAAUUCAUCAGGCAAGAUUUAGUCCCAAGUCACAUGCAGGUAUGAUAGAGAAAAUGAUGGAGGAUAAACAAAAAGCUGGAACUUCCUCGUAUAGCAUGAAAGCACCUUUCACACCCUUUAGAAAUAGGGCACAAAGGCGCCAGGGUUUUGAUUUUACUGAUGAUGAUGUCUUUGAAGAUAUCUCACUGAAGAGGAAGUCAGUAACCAAGGAUAUCUCUCAAGUGGUAUUUCCUUCACGAAUUAUGGAUUUGCAUUCCCCAUCUCGUGAUGAUGAUGGAGAGAUUGGUCUCUUCAAUCCUGCUCCCAAAUAUAAUAGUCUCGGGGAAAGCAGCCUUCUGCGGGAAGAUAUGUCAAAGAUGAUGGAAUCUAUUCUGAGAAAGAGUGUCUCGGAUGUAUAUGAGGAAGUCAGCCCUGCACAGACAAUUUCUGCAGAUCUCUUGUCACUCCUUAGAACUCCAAAAGUAACUCGUAGGAAGAGGCAGUCCUCACGUGGUGCUGGUGAUUCUUUACUAACUGAUACUCCACAGUCUAUUCUCAAGGUGAAACAAAGCAUACAGAGGCCAAUUAGUCCUUCUGCCUCAAGCGAAACUUCACUUCCAGUCUUUCCUCGCAUUGCAACUAGUGCCAAGAAAAGUUAUUUAGCAGAAGAGGGCCAAAACUUUAAAGCUACUGAUACCAGUUUAACUCCAAAGCAAUUAAGAUUCCACUUGCCCAGAGGCCAGAUUGACACAAAUGGCAUGGCAAGUCAGUCAUUAACUGAAACUAGCAAAGAUGACAGCUUAAAUGUUUCAGCAGAAGAGUUAGGCAAGAAGGAAGGUCUUGAUGCUGAGAAAGCAAGUGGAGAAAGACUGAAAGUGUUAGAAGAUGAUGAUUAUACAGAAUUGGAGAAGUCCCUUUCCAAUGAUGAGGAAUGUAUGGAUAUCCAGGAAGAAGAAGAACAGUCCUUUGUGAGUGUUGAUAUUGGAGAUAAAUUUGAAAGAUCUAUUGAGGUACAGGAGGAAGAAGCAUCUCUGGAAGCAUUGGAAGAUUCUCUUAAUCAUGUUGAAGAGAAUGAUGUUACUGACAGUGAAAUAAAUUCAGAUAUUCUUGAAAGAUCAAUUGAGGUUGGAGGGGUACCGGUAGAAGAAACCUCGGCUACAACAAACGUUUUCAGGCAUCCAUAUUCUGGACUUCCAUCACCACGGCAACCACUCAGAGGCUUCAGUAAUUCCAAACUCAUGGGUGAUACAACAAGGAGGUUAGACUGCAAAGAAGAGAUAAUAGACAGAAUUGAAGUAGCAAGCAAUGAAGAAUUGUCCAGCAAAGAGGAAGAGCCAGUGGUAGAUGACAGCUUUCACAGUGUCAAUGAGGAGAAUAUGUCUGUCACUCAUAUAGAAGAGAAUGUGGAGGAAGAUCAGAGUGAAACUGAGAAUUUAGUCGGAGCAGAGAGGUCAUUUGAGGUUGGUGGAGUAGACAAUGAUGAGCCAAUUUGUCAGGAGGAAGAGCCUGAUUUAGAAGCCACUUUUCAUGAAGGGGAGGAUACCAGUGAAGACAGAAAGCAAGAAGCAGCAGUAGAAGAUGAGGACAGCAUUAAAGAAACCUUAGAGGAGAGUGAAAUGGUAGAUGGAGAGAAAGUGAAAGUAACCCUUGUGAUGGAAAACAAAGACUCUUCAAAUAAUGUAACAGAACCCCAAGAUACUGUUGACUUAGAGGAGGAUGUAAGGAAGGAACCAGAUCAAGUUGAGGAAACAGGAGCUGUUUUAAGUGAAAAACAAGAGGAACCUGCAAUAGAUGUGGAGGAUAUUGAAGAGAUAAAAAUAGUGCAGAGUGAAGUCAGUCCUGAAGAUGAAGAUAGAAAGGAAAUGUAUGAUACUGCCCAGUCAAGUGUAACCCAUAAUCUAAAUGAUUCAGAGUACAUCAAUUCUUUAAGGUUCUCAGAUUCAGAGAGUGAUGUAGAAGAAAGAAGAGAGGAUACCAGGAAAGAUUCAACCAUUUCCCAGAUGGAAGAUCUCCAAGGGAGAGUAAUUCCUGCUUUAAAUGAAAACUUUGGAACAGAAAGUGUCAGUCCUGAUAAAGUGGACAGUAAUGACGCAGUUGUUAAAGAUGAUGGCAAGGAAAUAAAAAAUGACACCCUACAAGUUGUGAGUGAGAAAGAGGAGGAAAUGAUCACUGAAGUGCUCUCUGAGGAAGGGAGCUUUGUUUUGAAUUUGGACACUUCAGAGCAGUUUAGUCAUCUCAAUUUCUCUGAUGAUUCAGACCUGGAGAAUGAACCAGAAGAAACUGGUCAGACAACUCCAGAUAUCAAAGAGGCUGUUCUAUCAAGGGAAGGAAUCCUAAAACACAUAUCUGUUGAUGAAGCAAAGGUGGCAAUAGCUGAAGGUGCCGAGGAAAACAGCAUGGAAGCCAACAUGCCGGAGGAAGAAAGUGUGGAGACAUGCAUGCCUGAAGGAACAAGGAGAAUUGAUGAAAUUGUUCCAGAAAAUGAAGAGGAACCAGUAAUCCCAGAGAUGAAAGAUGUUGAUGUGGAGGACAAACACCAGGAAAUAUUCCAAGCAGAAGGUAUGAGUGGGAACCUUGUUGCUAAAUCAGUUUCUGUGGCUGAAGCUGAUCAGUCUAAGAAUUCAGAAAUAGAGAACCAGAUUCAUGAUUCUGGUUUAGAGGAGGCUUCAUGUGAAAAGGACAUCAGAGAUACCAGAGUAGGCGAGGAAACUUCGUUGUGUGAAAAAGGAAUUAGUGCAGAGAAAGAAGACAGACUUGCUGCGGUACCAGAAGUGAUUGAUCACAGUAAAACAUCUCAGGAUAGUAAACAUGAUGAUAAAGUCAGUGAAGGUAUUGAAGAGAUGGAAGCUGAUGAAACUUACUCUGUAGUAACUGUCACUGAAGAAAGAAGUAUCCAGAGAAAUGAAGUGAACAUGAGCUUUGCUGAAAUACACAAGGAUGUGGAAAGUGAAAGCAUCCCUGUCAGAGAGAAUAAAGAAGUUGAAGGUUGUGAUGGAAUUACUCAGGAGCAGCAAACAUCUGAUACUGAAUUUCAGAAAGACCCAGUGCAAUUGAUUGAAGAAGUUGACAUCAUAAAGGUACAAGAUAAGAACAUUGAUGAAAAGGAGGCUUCAUUAGAUAACAGUCAAUGUGUAGAUCAUUCUUUAUCUACAACAGAACUUCAGACCUCAACAACAGAACUGGAAAUGGAGGCACAUAUUCCUGCCUCAGAACAUGAAAAGGACACCUUACUAAAGAAAGCUGUUGAUAGUAAAGUAGAACUGCUUUCAGACCCUACUUCUGCAUCCCAGCAAAAUGAUAGACUUGAAUCCAGUAAAGCAGAGAUACUAAAUGUUGAGGUGAAAGAACAUCAAAGGGCUCAGGAAGAAUCCAUUGACAACAAAGAAGUGUCCAUAUUGUCUCCCUCAUCUCCUUCCCGCCGAAGUGUAAGAAUUACACCACAGAAAAUGCAGGCUCCGAUUACUUCGGACAUACAAGAGAGUUUUGUAAACCGAGAAAAGCAGAUCUCUGAAAUUGCAACAGUUGAUGAGGUAGAAUCCUUUUCAGUUCCCUCAGUUCUUAACCGCCAGUCUACAGAGCUAGUGCUGGAUAAAGUUGGGUUUACGGACAAUUCAGAGGUUCUCAGAACUCCUGCUAAAAGCUCAAGACUUACCCCUGACAAACCUGAUGGCAUUGAAAGUCAUAAGGAAACCAGUUCCCUUCCCACAACUCCAACCAGACGAAGUACAAGAAUAACUCCUAUUAAGGAUGAGCUGGAGUUAAGACUCAGUCCUUUUCUGGAGAAUACCCCCAAAUCACAAAGUUCACAUGUUCAGUCUGAUGAAAAGACAACUACAAUGUCUUCAAAGGAUACUGCAGAUCAAUUUACUCUUAGUCCUUCAUCUUCUAAGUCCCCCACAUCCAGAGGAAAGGCAAAGAUUGAUAGUCCAAUGUCAGAAGCAAGGGUUUUGUUGGUUAAAAUUGCGUCAUCUGUACAGUCAGGUGCAAAAGAAAAAGGCGAGUUGAAUGAAGAAAAAACACAAAAACCUCAGAUGCCACAGCCUGUAAAGGAAGAUGAUAAAAUGGAAGCAGAAUUGAAGGAAAGUGAGGACAAUGUUUCUGAACAUGUGCAAGCAUCUCAAAAUUUGGAAGGUGCAGAUGUCACCAUAUUAAGUAAAACUGGUGCUGUUGAUGACUUCAAAAGUAAAGUAACCAGUAAGGAAAACUCAUCUGUAGCUCAUGGUGAUAAUGCAGUAGAGCCUGGGAAUUCAACUCCUCGCAGAAGCCGCCGUCUAAGUUCAACACCUGCUACACCUAUACAGUCACCAUCAGUCAGUGCCAAGGAAGUCCUUGCUAAGGUGUCUGUUGAACAUAUGGCAGAGCUUGGACACACAACCCCUUUGAGGAGAAGUCGUCGUCUUAGCUCAGCAACUGCUACCCCAGCGACUCCCACAAGAAGUAGUAAGAGGCAUAAUAUUAACUCACUUCAGGUAACACCUUUGCCAAGAACUCGAUUGAAUGCUGCAGGAUUAGACACUGCUGAUAAAACGUCUAAGUCAGGGAGAAAAAUAAGUGAUGUACCAACUCCUCUUACUAAAGUAAAUUCAGAUUCACCAGGCUCAUCAGUUGUCACACCUUCGUCUAAGAAGGCUGCUGAAACAAAGUCUGUGAUGGAUGAAGUUAAUAAAGUUGCUCAGAAAUUGCUCCUGUCUCCUGAAAGAACAUCUGAAGGAAUUAAAUCUGCAGUAAAGCAAAAGGCGAUGUCUUCAUCUGGUAAGUCAGAAGAUGAUUUGCCCACUCCUCCUUCAUCUCCAUCACUUAGAUUAAGGAAACAUGAACCUUCUAGUAGCUCUGGAGGCGACCCAGUGACACCAGGAACAGUUAGACGAUCUAGUCGUCGUAGAAGCUCAAUUUCAGAACAGCAGAACCUUGAGGAUUCUAAAGUUCUGCUGGAGAAAGGGAGAAGCCCAAAAAUUAAACCAGCAAAUGUUGAGAAGUUGAAAACCCCCAUCAAAGAGGAAUCAGAGUCUCCCAAAGCAAGUCAUACACCCUCUAAGAGGUCCACACCAUCUAGAAGUAGGAAAACACCCUCCAGACUUGCUCAAGGUUUUGAAACCUUAGAAACAAUUAGUGAAGACACUGAGGUCACUUCUAGAGGGGAAGCAAAGAAAUCAAGAACUCCAUCCAGAGCUCUUAGAUCUCAGUCUUCUCUUAGUGAAAGUACACUUGAAGUUGCAACAGAAAGUCCAUCUAAUUCACGUAGAAAAUCAAGGAGAUCACAUGGAAGUGAAGACUCUACUGUAGAUGGGGUAGAAGCCAGAGGCAGGACUACUGCUCAGAAAAAGCGGGAGUCAUCAGCAGACAGUUUAUCUAGUAUUGUUAGCGAAAGAACUCCACCUUCUGUAAAAGAAUCAGCUGCUGUCAGGAAAAGUGGGAGUAAGAGAAGGCCAUCUAGAAAACUUUCAGAGUCAGAAGAUGAAGUUUUCAAAAGCAACAGUGUACAAGCUAUACAAGUGGAGGAAUCCAAGAAGUCUGGCUUGAGGUCUUCAACUGACAGAGUGAAAAGCUUGACAUCCAGUCCCAUCACAAGUGUGAAAGAUUCUGAAAGUAGUGAAGAAGAAGAGAGAAAUUUCAGGAAGCGAGUUUCAAGAAAAAGAAGUUUAAGGGUAUCUAAUAUACCUGAUUUAGAUGAAGUCAUACUAGGUGCCAAGAGAACUAAGAGAACUUCGCUUGCUAAAAGUUUACUUUCUUCUUCUGCUGAAAGUUCUUUGACAUUACGCCACUCUGUGAAGUCACUGAAGAUUUACUCUGAUGAUAAAUCUUCAAUAGAUUUGACACCCGAAAAAAUCCGAAAUCGGAGGACCUUCAUAUCGAAAAAGAGUAUAGCCAGUGAUCGUUCAAUUUUGAUCAUUAAUGAAUCUGAUGAGGGUGGGGAAAUGGUGUUCACUAGUGAAGUUGACAGUGACAGGAAUAUGGAGGAUGUCAAAGCGGUGGCAGUAGAGAGCCCUGAGAUUGCUUUAAACCUGAUGGAUGGAGGAGAAAAAGUGAAACGUCGCCGAACUUCCGUAUUGAAAAAGUCAUUGACUUCCCAGGCUAGGAAAUCUGUAGUGCCAAGGCGUUCCGUCAGUGCACUGAAGUUGUACAAAGAGCAAUCAGCAAGUCAAGAUAUAUCUUCAAUAGAUUUGACACCUGAAAAAAUCCGAAAUCGGAGGACUUUAAUAUCGAAAAAGAGUAUAGCUGGUGAUCGUUCAAUUUUGGUCAUUGAUGAACCUGAUGAGGUUGGGGAAAUGGUGCUCACUAGUGAAGUUGACAGCAAUAGGAAUAUGGAGGAUGGCAAAGUGGUAGCAGUAGAGAGCCCUGAGAUUGCUUUAAACCAGAUAGAUGGAGAAGAAAAAGUGAAACGUCGCCGAACUUCGGUAUUGAAAAAGUCUUUGACCUCCCAGGCUAGGAAAUCUAUAGGGACAAGGCAUUCGGUCAGUGCACUGGAGUUGAACAAAGAGAAAUCAGCAAGCCAAGCAGAAGAUAGUGAGAUGGAAGCCUUUAAGGUAAAGCAGCCUCACAGAUCUGUUCGAAGGACAACAAGAGGUUCUGAGACAUCUGUUUUAGAAAUAGAUUCUGGAAGUCAGGUAGUAAAUAUUGAUAUAAAUGAAAAUAAGAAGUCAAACAAAGAAACAGAAAAAAUAACUGAAAUGAGCACAAAUUCAGAGAAGAAAGUUGAAAAUGAAGAGGUCACUUCCAAACCACAAUUUACUUUUGCUGAACCAAAGCCUGUCAUCUCCACAAGACAAUCGAGAGCCCUUCAGAGUUUAAUGGGAGAAGCUGUUGAAUUUCUCUUUUCACCUCCACAGCCUCAAGGAAGGAUUGUCAAGACCCACGCAAAAAUUGAGAAACCCAGUUCUUCCUCUGAAUCGGAGAAGGCCAGGUCGUCCUCGGAGUCAGAAAAGGAAAUUGAAACCCCUGUGAAGCGUUCAUCAAGGAGAAGGAAAUAAGAAGUUGUGUAGGUCUGUUAAUGGACUUGAAUGGUCAUAGUUAUAAUGGUGUAUAUUGUUUUUAGGUUUAAAAUACUUUAUAAAGGUCCUCCAUUAAAUAGAAUAUUGUAAAUCUUGUGAAGAGGCAGAAUUCUUUUGUUGUAAAAUAUGAGUGGAAAUUGUAAUGCUCUAUUUGUGAUAAAAAAUGUUUAAAGUUUUGCGAUAAAAAUGUUAAAAGUUUGGGAGUUUCUAAAUUUCUUAGCUGGAGAGAGAUUAUUCCAUGGCCCUAAGCUUCAUGUUGAAGUUAUGAAAAUCAUAUCAACAAAUUAAGUUUCUAAAUUUCCUAACUGGAGAAAGAUUAUUCCAUGGACCCUAUGCUUCAGGUUGAAGUUAUGAAAAUCAGAUUCAUUUGUUUUUAAGUAUUUGCAAAUAUUAUAGUACUUAAUAGGUGAUUAUCCAAAGAUUAUUAUUUACUUUUGCCCCAAUUUUUCAGUAGGAGGUGGCCAAAGUUGUUAAGUGCAAGCUACAGGUAAUAACUACAUUUUUAUUUGACACAUGAAAAUACUUAUCCAAUAAUUGAUGCUCAGUUUAAUUUGUUAGCAUUUUUUUGUAAUAUUCUGUAUCAAAUGGUUAAAACUUUAGUCAGGAAAGUGCAUAGUCAUGAAUAUAUAAGCAAUAUUAACAGUAUCACAGAAAUUUUUCUGGAAAUGCCUUAUUUUGCAGCACUGACAACCAAAUUUGCAGCAGGGACUUGUCAAGAUUUUGCAGUUUAGAGCUGAUCGGUAUCUGGCAAAUUUUCAAAUGUUGCUCAGUUAGUAAUUUGGUAUUUUUGCUCAAAAGUGGUUAAAAUCUGGCGUCCAAAGCUUUUUUCCUCCUGUUUGACAGCUAGAUCAGGAAACUACUGUUGCUGAGAAAGUGUAGUUUAUGUCUUUAAAGUUGGUUAUAGUGUGGCUUGCUUCUCAACUAGGGAAAAGUAUUCUACUUCUGCGGCAAAUUAAUUUAUGUAAUUGGAAAUAAAAUACAAUCACAACUUUGCAUUUGUAGUUAGUUUUGCAGCUGAUUGCAUAUUUUUUAUUUAAUUCCAUGAAGUUUUUGUUAGGUUUAAUUAGCAGCUUUUAAGUUGGUUUUAAGAACACUGUGAUAUCUUGUGAAUAAAAAAACUAAAAAUCAGCUAGCUUGUUGAUUCUAAAAAUAAAAUUCAGCUAUUUGUUGAUUUUACAGUUAUAGCUUCUACAGUUAUCUUUAUUUUCAUAUUCAUUGUUUGUUAGAUGAUUAUAUAAUAAUUGUCAGUUGGCAUUUUCAAGUUUAUAGUGUUUUUGGUAGGGUCCCUUUGAAGACUAAUCCCAAAGCUUUUCGUUUUAAAAGAGAAGACUAAUCUCAAAGCUUUUCACUUGAGAGCAUUAAGAGUAUUUUAGAAUGUCUCUUUCCAAUUGUUAAGUAUGCACAACUACUUCCUCUAGUCCAUUUUUGGGGUAUGUACAUUUUGUUAAUGGUAUUAUUUUACGUCAAAUGUUGUAAAUAUGUGUACUGACAUUUAAGUGUGUGUUCCUUUAUAGUAUGUGGCUUUGGCUUACUGUGUAAAUUAGUUGAAAACAUGGAUUGGAAGGACUAAAAUUAAUUAGGCCCUUGCCAGAUUUUUUUUUAUUUGCCAAGGAAAAAUACCAAUGAGUCAUUUCUAUGAUCCUGUGAAAGAAAGAAAAUAUUGACAUGAAAAUUUAAAUGUACUUCAUAAUACCAAGGCUUGGUGGGAUAAGAAUGUGCUUGUAAUUCUAUGUGUAAAUUUACUAGUCUUAUAUGACAUCGUUAUUGGUGAACUGGAGUUUUCCUUGAAUAUGCAAGGAUGUACUGUAUAGUAUUGCAACUGCUAAAGACUUCUUUUGUACAUUUGCAAAUUGAUAAUAUUGUUUUCAAGAUACCCACUUAUCACUAGAUUAGUUGUGUACACUAAAAUUUUGUAUGUGACUUUUUUAAUAAAUGUAAAGUUUAAAAAUAA